AUGGCAGACACAACUCAGCAAGAUGUGCGGGAACAUGCCUAUGGACAGAACUCUGAGCACACGCCCUCCGCCCAGGGGAGCCAGGCUGAGGGGCAGCAGGAGGCAGGGAGCUCGCCAGCCAGGCAGGAGACCGUUCUCGCUCUACGGUGCUGCCCCGCCUUUCGGCUGCCUGCCUUUCCCCCGCGGAGCUGGCAGCAGGGGGGCAGCAGACACUGUGCCCGGGUGCAGCAGGAAAGGGGGACAGUGGGCAGCAACGUGCCCCGCUCCCCACCCCACCAGAGACUCGGUGUCAGCUGUCCGGUCCCCCUUAAGCCGCCUCCCCGCGCGGCUGUGAUUCCUGGGCGGGUGCAGCGCCGGGAGCGGAGGGGGCUGGCGCGCGGCCCCGCCCUGCUGGGUUGUACCUGCCCAGCCGCGUCAACUUCGUCCCAGCUGGGUCCGGAGGGGGCGCGUGGCGUGGGGCAGCCGGGGCCGGCCGCAGGAGGGGGCAGGCUGGUGCCACGGCUUGCAGCAGCGUCGGGGCUUUUCCCCCUUCCCGUCCCGGGGCAGGGCGGCCCCGGUGGGAUCCAGGCUGCCCUGUUUCCCUUGGGAGUCUGGGGUUCCUCCCCGCCGCCCCACCGCGUGCCAGGAAGAGCUGAGAGAACUUUCUCCUGGCGGUGGGUUGUGUCCCAGGCUUGUCAUGCUGCAGACGGGAGGCGUUUAUGCCAUGAAAGAGAGGAAAAAGCCGGUGCUGAAAAGAUGCAACCUUGAGAUCUCAGCCGUCUGUGUUAUCACCGGCCGAAAGACUCCAAAGAAUCAGAAAGAGGCCACGUAGAAGCAAGGAAGACAUGUUGCAUGAAGUAAUGCAGCAUUCCAGUAAUGAAAAUGGAAAAGUGCAGGAGUGGCGGGACAGGGAAAGGAGGAUCCACCAGCAGAAUGAGGAGCGCCAGCACAAAAGUGCGGUGCUCCGGCAGCAACGCACGGAUCGGCUGAUAAGCAUAAUGGAGCACCAAGCGGACUCUAUCCAAGCGCUCAUAGCCAUGCAGGCAAAGCGGAACCACGCCCGCGCCGCCCCCCCCCCCGCAGCCCUUGUCCCAAAACUCUUUCCCUUGUGUCCCCAUGUCACCUCCAACCCACUUUCCCCAACAUCUGGGUUCUUACCACCACCAGCUGACUUCAACACGUGUAGCUUCACCACCCAGCCCUGAAAACUACGACCCUUACCCUCUUCACUCAACCCCCAUCACCAUGCAGUAUAGCCAUCCUGAAGUGCAGCACUCAUUGCACAGCACUCCAGACAGGAAGGCUGAGUAUGAGAACA